GAGGCUGCACGGGCUGGAUGGGACUUCUGCCCGCCCGCCUGCGUCUGCUGGUUUCAUGGUUUCGCUCCAUCAUCAGUCAGCUCGGUCCGUCACAGCGUCCGCACACACGGCUGCUGCAUGUCCUCAACUCACCGAGCCGGACGGAGGAAACACACGGUUCAGCUGUGGUCCAUGAUGCUCUCUGCUGGAUGAGAGUCUGACUCCACCAUGUCGACCUCAGACUCGGAUUACUCCAUUGACUGGCUUGCCAGCGAUGAGGACGACUACGACAGCCCAAAGAGAUUAAGUCCUCAGUGCACAGAGGAGCCGCCGGCACCGCCAUCGGCUUCAUCAUCAUCAUCAUCACCAACCACAUCAUCAUCACAGGAAUCUCCUACAAGCUGCUUCCUCUCUGCAGCGGCCCAGAGGAGGAGGAGGAGUGAGGGUAAAGACGGAGGCGUUGACUCUCCAGCCGCCCCGCAGGCCCCGGCAGUCAGUCCAGUUCAGGGAUUUACCUCCGUCUGUAUGCAGCAGACUUUUUCUGUGGAGUCACAGCAUCAUUCAACCAGGAAGAGAGCACGAGGCGCCGGUUUGGAUGGACUCUGUGAAAAACCUCAGCCGGACACUGAAAACGAACUAUUCUCGCACAAGUGCAUGGAGCUGCAGUGCUACAUCCAGCCUCUGUCGUCCAUCCUGCGGGGCCUGAGAUCAGGCAGGUACUCUGAACGUCUCAGCAGUUUCCAAGAGAGCGUGGCAAUGGACCGUAUCCAGAGAAUACUGGGGGUCCUUCAAAAUCCAAACAUGGGCGGACGCUUCCUCGGCAUUAUACUGAAAAUAGAAGAAAUGCUUCAGAGCUGGUUCCCUCAUAUCAAACCAAAUCUGCUGCAGACAGACGACAGCUCCUCGGCUAAGAAGCAGAAGCAGCAUCAUAGCAGUGCCUCCCCUCCUCCAGCCUCCUCAGACGUCGAGCCGACAGCCUCGUACUCCUCCACUCACCUCAAAUGGCUCCACACGUCACCCAUCUGCUCCCUGAAAACACCUGAAUCGAUGCUGGGUCAACCCGCCGCCUCCGCCCCCCCUCUGCCCGCACGCUGCAACCAGGAAGUGACCCAAGACAGCGCCGUCUCCUCCAGCACCGACUCGCACACGGGUUCUCUGCGCCGCCUUGGCGCCAUCCCUCGCCUGAGCCAGGGGCCGCUGCCCUUCAAGAUCAGCUCGCCUUGUCUGGAAAGACUCCUGCAGGCGAAGGACAGCAUCAUCGCUCCCAGGACUGUGGGAGACGGAGGCUGGUUGUCGUAGCUGCUGGCGGAGGACAGUUAAUGUGCUGUGGUGAAAUCAGUGGCUGAUCUGGGGACAGAUCUGUGUGAGACAGGAUCUCAUCAUUCAGGCCCCACAUGGCUUCCACAAAGCCUGAGGAUACUAAAAGGCCUUAAAAAAGCAUGUUUCAACGUCUUCUACAUUUUUUUUAAAAUCUACAGUUUAAGUAGAUGAUCAGUUUUCAGGGUGUCCAGGAAGAGAGGGACGAGUCGGAGCAGGGCAGGACGCGGGACGGGACGCACGGCGGGACGCAGGACGGGUUACAGGUUAAGACGGCAGCUCAGAUUUGACAGCUGACUCUGACCGUGGUGGCCUGUGAGAGGAAAUGUGCACGUCUAGGCUGGGCUUUGUCUCGUUGUUUGAGUUGGACGGAUGUCAUCUCCUAAUGAGUCCAAAGGUUAAAGCCAUGUUGGCAGAGGGGGGGGGCGGGGGGGGGGGGGCGGUGACUUUGACUGUUACCUGGUUCGAUCUGCUUCUCUGUAGGUUUUUAAUGAUUCCUCUACCUCAUGCUGAUUCCAUGUCGCAGACGACGUACGAAGCAUCGCUGUUGGUAAAAACACGUCAACUUUAAACCUUCACAGAGAAAAACGGCAGAUUUCAGGCUGGAUGAAACAGUUUUUCCAGAGCUGAAACUUAUCACAUGUAUCCGAAGUCCAAAGUUUUUAGUUUCCUAAUUUGUUUAUAAUCGUUAAUUUAAACCGCAGGACGUGAUUUAACAGCCGCUGAAAGCUGAUUAAUACUGAACCCAGCUCUGGAUCUGGAGUUAAUCGGUUAAUUCAGACGGAUUUAAAUGGUUUUAUCACCCCGAGCAGUUUAACUUCUGAUGUGAUCCCUCAAAUACCCAAGAACUGGGUAAGUUGGCAGGUCUUGGUUUUCAUUUAUUGAUGCAUGUGUGAGUUUCAGGCUGGGUUUUACGAUCAGGUGGAGCCCAGAGGAAACUCCGAAUCAUCUGAGUCACUGUAAUCUCUCAUUCCUCUGUCUCUUCUUUUUGCGAACGCGAAACAGCUAAAAUAAAUCGCAAGCUGUGAUGAAAAGAUAAUCACAGCAUCAAACCACCGAAGAAGUAACGCGGGGAAGCGUUUCAGAUUUACCACCACAGAAGAAGAAACUGCGGGUAGAGGUUCUACGCCGUAGUUUAGUGUCGCGCGAUGAAUUACGUUAAGGCUCGUGUUCACAGGAAGAGUGUCAGACACGUUCUUCUGCACCGACCGGAACAGUUUGUGUUUUAAUCACGUGACCGUGAGCUGAAGUCUGUUUUUUUAAGUCUACGAAUGUUAGUGACGAGGAAAAAGA